UAGGCGGGCAGCAGCAGCAACUCCAGCGGUAGCUUCUCAAAAAGCGGUAGCAAUUUCUCUUAGGAUAGCCUGGAGGGGUUCUGAGUUCUGGUAUAGUAAGGUGUUAUUUCCAUUGUUAUUCCGAUGGUAG